CGCGCUGGGCCGGCCGAGUUGCGCGGUGCCCUCCGCGACGCUGGGGGCGCUGUAGCCGCGCUAGGCUUGGUGACGCCACGACCCCGCUGUGCUUGCGCCAGCCUCCCUGCACGCCGGUCCGCCAUGGCCGCCGCGUUCGUGCUUCGGAGCCAGUAUCGAGCGCGGCUCGCCCUUCGCUGUCCGCCUGCGCAGCUGCCAUGGGCCCCGCGGCGUGGGCAUCGGCUCACGCCGGCGGAUGACGAACUGUAUCAGCGGACGCGCAUCUCUCUGCUGCAGCGCGAGUCCCCGCACGAUAUGUACAUCGACAGCUACAACAGCCGCGGCUUCACGGUCAACGGAAAUCGCGUACUUGGGCCCUGUGCGCUACUCCCACACUCGGUGGUGCAGUGGAACGUAGGUUCCCACCAGGACAUCACCGAGGAAAGCUUCUCUCUCUUUUGGAUGCUGGAGCCCCGAAUAGAGAUUGUUGUGGUGGGCACUGGAGACCGGACUGAGCGGCUGCAGUCCCACUUGCUGCGAGCUAUGAGGCAGCGGGGCAUCGCUGUGGAAGUGCAGGACACACCCAAUGCCUGUGCCACUUUCAACUUCCUGUGUCAUGAAGGCCGAGUGACAGGAGCUGCUCUCAUACCCCCACCUGGCGGGGCUGCACUCACAUCUCUGGCCCAAGCUGCAGAAUGAACCACCAGGAACUUACCUUACCUGUCCAGGAGGGCCCUGGCACCUUUUGCAGAAUGCAGGGGUUCCCAAAGCUUUCACUAGCCCCUCCCCCUUUGUCACUGUAACACUUGUCUUGUUUGCCAGCAAAUUAAUAAUUUAACCCACUUCUCUGA